ACUAUCCCGUGUCCAACUCUUCAGCCCCUUGCAGUAACAAUGAAGGCCCUGGCGUGUGCGUCUGUGGUGGUGGUGGUGCUGCUGGCCGGCGUGCAGGCUCAUUCCCCCCCUGGCGGCCGUGGCACAACCUAUGCGAGACUGUUCCUUGACUAUUUCCUGUCUGAGUUCUGCGAGGGCAUCGAGGACACGUGCCAAGAGAACAUAUGGGACUGCUUGAGGAACAACAAGCCCGAGCCGAUCCAAACGGAGGAGCAGCUCACCGCCCUCAAGAACAACCUGACAGCCUGCGCAGAGGGUAUGAACGACACCGACGCCGACUUCUCCGACCUCACCCUCGCCACCCUCAAGCAGCGGUCCAGGCUAGGUGAGCUCUUCAACCCUGGCUAUGGCGUUAGCAGUGAAAACGUGGGCCCCCUCAUCAGGUGCAUGAUGGAGAAGGACGGCAAGCUCGAAACCAUCAAGACCUGCACCACCGGAAUCUAAGUUCCUUCUGCUGCCGCCAGGAGUCCGCACAAACCCCUUGAAGGACUUCCGAUGAAUACACAACAGACCCAAGGACCCCCUACAGGACCAUGAACUGAAACCCCUGCCUCUCUCUCUCUCUCUCUCUCUCUCUCUCUCUCUCUCUCUCUCUCUCUCUCUCUCUCUCUCUCUCUCUCUCUCUCUCUCUCUCUCUCUCUCUCUCUCUCUCUCUCUCUCUCUCUCUCUCUCUCUCUCUCUCUCGUUUACUUUCAAUAAGCGCAAACUAAAAAACAAAGCAGCGACAAAAUUAAGAACCAAAGAAAAAGAAGAAAAAAAAUCCAUCAACUGUGUCACCAGCUAAUUCAAUAAAGUGAAGUAGAAGAAGAUGAAAAAGAAGAAGAAGAAGAAGAAGGCGAAGAAGAAUCCAUCCUGUGUCACCAACUGGCAAAGGCUACCAGCUACAGAUGCACUAACAAACACAACAGUAAAAACAACAACAAAAAUAAAUAAACUUCACACAAUCAACUCGCAACAAAUUCAAGUCGUGAAGUUUUUUGUUCAUUGACCUUGAUCCUAUUCGCUAAAAUCGCACCUCUUUCAAAAUCAAUAAACGUUAUCUGCUGCU